AGCAAGCCGAAAGGAACAUUCUUGGCAAGGUUUUCCGAGAGCAGGCAGGGUGGCAUAACCAUCGCCUGGUACAAGAUGUUGAAAACCACAUGGGCGUGUACCACCUGGCAGCAUGGACGGCGGCUGACUUCAAGCAGCGCUGCCUGGCCGAUCGCAUCCGUGACCUCGCGAGCUUGCUCUACCUGUGCCAGGACCCGAAUGCAGAGCCGAUGCCUAAAGACCAGGCGCUGCAGAGUUACUACACGAUUCCCGAGCCACAGUUGAAAAUGGAACCGAACGCCGAUGGAUAUGUCGUCUCUGACCUGAAGUGUCAUCUGCCAGACAGGUAG